GGGAGAAGCCCGUCUUGCCGAUAGCGGGCUGUGUGGGGGGAGUUCGCUGCUGCUUUCUGGUCCGGUGGCUCGCUCCGGGAAAGCCAGGCAUGAAGAUCACGAGGCAGAAACACGCCAAGAAGCAUCUUGGCUUCUUCCGCAACAAUUUUGGGGUCCGCGAGCCGUACCAGAUCCUGCUGGACGGCACCUUCUGUCAGGCGGCUUUGCGGGGCCGCAUCCAGCUGCGGGAGCAGCUGCCCCGCUACCUCAUGGGGGAGAUUCAGCUGUGCACCACCAGGUGUGUGUUAAAAGAGUUGGAAACAUUGGGAAAGGACUUAUAUGGGGCAAAGCUGAUUGCACAAAAAUGCCAGGUUCGAAACUGUCCCCAUUUCAAGAAUUCAGUGAGUGGAUCAGAAUGUCUGCUUUCCAUGGUGGAAGAUGGGAAUCCUCACCAUUAUUUUGUGGCAACACAGGAUCAGAAUUUGUCUAUGAAAGUAAAGAAAAAGCCUGGAAUUCCUCUCAUGUUCAUUAUUCAGAACACUAUAGUCUUGGACAAACCUUCUCCAAAAACAAUUGCAUUUGCUAAAGCAGUAGAGUCAGGUCAGCUUGUCUCAGGGCAAGAGAAACAAAGUAUCAAGCAACUCAAAGAGGAACAGGGUUUAGUAAAAGACCCUGAACAGAGAAGAAAAAAAAAGCGCAAGAAAAUAAGUGGCCCUAAUCCUCUUAGCUGUUUGAAGAAAAAGAAAAAAACACAGGAUACAAACUCAUCUGCCUCUGAAAAGAAAAGAAAAAGAAAAAGAAUCCGAAACAGAUCUACCUCAAAAAUACUUUCUGAAAAGCAGAAUGCAGAAGGGUAAUGAGUCCUUUGGAUACUUUUAAAGACAUGCAAAUAUGAAAAUGAAUUUCUUUUUGAAACUGUGGAAGUACUUAUGUUAAAAGACUAAACUUAUUUUUGUAAAUGAAUAUUGACCCACAAGCCUUUGUAUAAAAUUAUUUGUUAAAAAAAAAAACCCAGAAUGGAUGGAUUUAGGUGUGAUCAUGUUCACUUUUCUUAGAGAAUUUGGAGGUUGUUUUUUAAUGUAAAACUGUUGUCUCUUUCUGUCUUACUGCUGCCCACCACCCUCCAACAUUAUAUGCAGAUAGUUUAAAAAAAUCAUAUAGUACCAAAACACUUGUGACAAAAAAGAGGUAAUCCCUUUUUCACAUUCACAAAGGAAACUUUCUCUUUCAACUCAUGUAGUGGUUUUAGAAUUUACAUGUACAUUUCCAAAUAAAAUGAAUCUGCUGCUA